CUCUUCAGACGUGGCUCGAAAAGUUCGAGAAUUCUACAGAGAAUUAUCAACUGAAUCGGUGAAUUAUAGUACUUUGGCCCCAGACAAGCCCCCGGAUUAUUCCCAUCGUUAUUUAUAAAUAUUGUAUAUAUUCAAAUAUAUGGCCAGGACUAUUAGUUUCUAAACGCCAUGGCCGACAAACCAGUGAAGCCGCUGAAGCCCGUGACGAAGACUGCGGAUCCGAUAAUCUCGCAGAUCGGCGACUUCCGGCGCUACCAGCUGUUCUUCUUCUUCAUCAUCAUACUGUGCAAGUUCGGCACCGGCUGGCACACCCUGGGCCACAUCUUCCUGGCCGCCCCCACGCCCCAAUCCUGCCUGACGGCCAAUGUCACGGAUCCCUGCAGCGAUGAGUGCGCGGAGACCGAGUUCGAUACCAGCGUCUUCAAAUCAACCAUCAUCAACGAGUGGGAUCUCACGUGCGACCUCAAACAGCUGGCCAGUUUGUCCCAGUCCAUCGUUAUGCUGGGUAUCCUCCUUGGCAGCUUGUGUUUCGGCAUGUUCGCGGAUCGUUUUGGAAGACGUCCCGCUUUUCUGGUUGCCUGCUUCAUGCAAUUGAUCACUGGCCUGAUUGUCUGCGUAUCGCCCUACUUCUGGUUCUACUGCCUCUUCCGAUUCCUGGUGGCUUUUGCCACGGCUGGCACGAUGACCGCCAGCUUCGUCUUGCUCAUGGAGAUCGUGGGGCCCGGGAAGCGCGAAAUAGUCGCCAUUUUGUACCAGAUACCCUUCAACCUCGGCCACGUCUCCCUGGCCGUGUUCGCCUACUUCAUCCGGGAGUGGCGCUGGUUCCAGUUCAGCAUCACGAUCUUCUCGGUCGUGUUCGUGAUCUACAUCUGUCUGGUGCCGGAGUCGCCGCGCUGGCUCUUCACCACCGGCAAGCUGGACAAGUCGAUCAAGAUUCUGGAGAAGAUCGCCAAGUGGAACAAGGCGCCGACGGACACGAUCCGUCCGGAGAUCGAGGCGGCCUACGCGGCCCUGGCCGCCCGCCAGCCGGUCAAGAAGGGCACCGUGCUGGACCUCUUCCGGACGCCCUAUCUCCGCUUGAAGACCAUCUGCAUGGCCAACAACUGGAUGGUGGUCUGCAUGGUCUACUACGGCACCGCCCAGUACGUCUCCAAGCUGGGCGGCAACAUCUUCGUGAGCAACCUGAUCGCGGCCAUCGUGGGUGUUCCGGGCACCUGCCUCUGUGUGCCCAUGACCAAGUUCCUGGGCCGCAAGCGGACGCUUCUGCUCUCGCACAGUCUGAGUGCCACAGGGCUGCUCCUCCUGGUCGGCCUCUUCGGCCAGGCCGAGAUAAUCAGGGUGGCCUGCGCCACCGUUGCGCUCUUUGGAGCGUCGGUCACCUUCCCGAACAUCUAUCUGUACAGCGGAGAGCUCUUCCCCACGGUCGUCCGGUCGAACGGAGUGGGUCUCUGCUCCAUGAUCGGCCGGGUGGGCUCCAUUGUGGCCCCGCUGAUCUGCGAUUUGGACCUUUACGGCCUCUGGAUCGCGCCCCUCAUCUUCGGCUUGUUCUCCAUCCUGGCCAUUGUUGGAACUAUCUUCCUGCCGGAGACGAGAGGUGCUACGCUGCCGGAAACCCUCGAGGACGGAGAGAAUUUCGGUCGCAAGAAGAAGGCGCAGCAAUAGACCUUUUUGGCGCGCAGUGUAACAAAUCGCAAUUCAUAAUUUUCAAGCCCAGCCAGAGUCACACUGCUAAUGUUGCCUGCUGCCUGCUGCCUGGGCUCGAAAAUUAUUAAAUUUCGACUUUGGCUGCGAUUUAUGCGAUGCGAUAUGUCAGUCAGCGCGCGAACUGCCGUUCGUGCCGCAAACAAGAGGCGAAAAAAAUUGAAAAAUCUAGCGAAUGCAAAAGGUAAUUACCGCGAAGUAACUUCCACUUCGUGAUUAUUAAAACUGGGUUAGCACUCUGAAUCCAGUUCGGCUGCCUUAAUGUCGAGGUGCAAACCAGCCAAAUAGCUAACUGGCAAUGCCUAAACGACUGGGAAUGCAAACUUCGCAUGUGAACCCAAUCGAUAUAGCACUUGAGAGCAUUGAAAUUGCCCAGUCCCAUUCGAUUAGGAUGUGGGAACUGUUUCUCCCAACCAAAUUACACCUCUUAAGUCAACUGCUGCCUCACCCGAGGCUCUUAGUCUGGAACAACCCUCAUCCGUCUCUUGAAGUCUGGAGUACGAAGGUCGAGAGUAGUAGCUUGUAGCAUAUGUAGCUUGUACAGUUCAUCAUUCUUUCGUUGUGUAAGAAAUUUAAAAUCGAAUAAAUGGCAUUUAGGCAUUUCAUUUAAUAAAA